UUUUUUUUUUUUUUUUGUCAUUUCCUUGAUGUUAUAAUUCCUUCUCGAUAUGCGUCAAGACCGGAGGAUUUGGGUUAUGAUUACAUUGUUUUAUUGCGACUGUGAAGAUCUUGCUCUCCAUUUGAAGGGUUUUCUGUAACAUUCUGUCGAAAUGCAUCGGCGAGAUUUUCUGUUUGAGUUCUCUAAUUGUACUUGUUAAUGUUGAACAGAAGUAGGGUUGGUUUCUGUGUUUCAAUUUACGGGGCGUCGGACAUUGUGGAUGGUCCUUUUCAGUUCAUUUUCUACCCCACACCAUGAUCAUGAGAUUUCUCGAUUCUAAUGGGUUUGAUUGCGAGUAUCGGCACAGCGAGAUUGCUAGGCUGAACCCCAGAGAUUGUUACUACUGGCUGGCGGGAAACUGCUUGAAUGCAGCCUGUAGUUUCCGGCAUCCGCCAAUGGAUGGUGCUGCUGGAAAAGUGUUUGAAUCUUCUCAAUCUUCUGUACCUGUGAAUAAGACAAAUAUUCCCUGUUAUUUUUAUUUCAAUGGCUUCUGCAGUAAAGGCGAUACAUGCACUUUUUUGCAUGGCACUGAUAUUACUGUUGCUGCAAGAUCUACUAAGAUAGGCAAUACAUCUUCCUCUGAAGAUAAAACAGCUUCAUCUCACAAAAAUGGACUAGCCUCUACAGAUGCAGAUGCAUUUCUUCAAUCAUCCAAAAAAGUAGUUGGUCCAACAAUUGAGGGGACAUUUCGGGAGAGUCGCAGUCAACCCUCUGCUGAAAAUGUUUCGAUUAGAAGUGCCUGUGCAAAGAUCUCGUUGCCCGAGUGUGAAAAAGUGGCUGUUGAUGAGCCUGUCUCCUUACCUCUGACUGAAGGAUCUAAAUAUAGUAGAUCUCAUGUACAUGUAGUUGCAGAUCAGAGUUAUGAGGAGCCAAUGGUGGACAGUUCAGAGGACGAAAACCCCUUGGAGUCAUCCACUGGCUUUGAUGUUGUUGUAGGCCACGAGUUGGAGAAUUUGGAUAGUGAUGAUGAUUCAGAGUACCUUCUAUCAACUAAUCUGGAGCAAAGAGAACUGGAUACUGAAUUAUGCAGGGACGACGAUGAAGACUAUAUUGCAUAUGAGCCCAUGCAUUCUGAUUUAGAAGUUCUUUAUGAACGUGAGAUGCACACAUAUGACCAUUUAGAGCGCAAUUCUAUCCUUUCCAAUGACAGGAACGUUAUCAGCUGCUCGAGAGGGAAACUUAUCAAGUCCUUGUUUACUCGAAAGAGAAAGCUCACACUCAUGAAUAUAGAUUCAGAGGAAUGGAAUCGUACCGAUCUUCGAAGUUAUCUGCAGAGAGACGGUGUUUCUGGAAAUGGUUCAAUUAUUGGUUUAUCGAGGAGAAGAAACGGAAUGUCUCGUCGAACAAGUAGAAACUUUGCAAAACCUUGGAAGGAUGGUUUAUAUCACCCAACCCUUGGAAGAAGACUGCCAUUACAUGUGGGGAAGGUUUCUGGAGAAUCACUCUCAGAAGAUUUAACCUUUUCAAAUAGUAUUAGUGGUUAUCGAUCUUUUAGGCACUCAAGACAAUACAAGCCCUACAGGUAUUACGACGGAUAUAGAUUUGCCAGACGACAACAUCCGCUGUCCAACAUCUCAAGAAGACCUGUCUCGAGGGAACCCGUUCCAAGGGAUCAUGGAUUCAAUCUGAAGUCGUCUGUUCCAUUUAAAGGACCAAAGACACUUUCUCAGAUCAAGGAUGAGAAGAGAAAAGUAGAAGAAAACAGAGGCUUGUCAAUGAAAAAACGUCAUUCGAUCGGAUGUGCUUCGUCCUCGGCUGACUUUAGAGGGCCAAAACCUUUGAGUGAUAUCCUUAAAGACAAAAGGAAGGUGGAGAAGCUUGUGAAGGAAAUAAUUACUUAGCUGAACAAUUUGUUUUUUCUUCAAAUCUAUGAUGUGCUAAUUGUGAUAUUGUCAAAAGAAAUUAGAUACUGUUACUGAAUCCUGGGCUUGUAGGUGCCAUAAAUCUUGUCUUUCUUAGUUAGAGGUAGCUGAACCAGAAGCUUAACUUGAUGGGGUCCCUCUCAUGUGUUGACUUUGCCACUUUUUUAGUAUUAAGAGUGUGUUCAUCUGCCCCGGAGCUGCUCAAUUCAUCA